AUGCCAUUCGACAUCAAAAGGACCCUCCGUCCCAAUAUCUUAAAGUUGGAACCCUACCGCUGUGCAAGAGACGACUACAAAGAAGGGAUCUUGCUAGACGCAAAUGAGAAUACUUAUGGUGUUUCUGUAGAACAAUUGUCUGCUCACGAACACGGCUUGGAACUCAACCGGUACCCCGAUCCCCACCAAAUUGACUUGAAGAAACAGAUUUUGGCAUUCAGAAACAAAAAUUUCAACAGGUUUGUGAAAAAGGAAACUCCUUUGCUCGAAGCAGACAAUUUGUGCCUUGGAGUCGGUUCAGAUGAGAGCAUCGAUUUGCUCUUACGUUGUGUUUGUACGCCUGGAAAAGACAAGCUUUUGAUAUGUCCUCCGACGUAUGGAAUGUACUCGGUCUGCGCAACCGUAAACGAUGUGGAAUUGGUGAAAGUGCCACUUACGGUUCCCGAUUUCCAAACCGAUAAUGAAAAGAUUGUCUCCACGAUUGAGUCAGAUUCUAACAUAAAACUUGUCUACUUGACCUCUCCGGGAAACCCCACCGGAAAAUUGAUAGAACCAAAACGUAUCAUUGACCUUUUGGAGAAACUUGACAACUGGAACGGAUUCUUGGUCGUAGACGAAGCCUACAUUGAUUUCACUCAAUUGGACCCAGAAACCUCCACGAGCCAGUCCAUGUCGACUCUCGUCAACCAGUACCCUAACUUGGUUGUAAUGCAAACCCUUUCCAAGUCCUUUGGCCUUGCCGGUAUUAGACUUGGAGUCACAUACUGCUCCAAAGAAUUGUCCUACUACUUAAACUCCAUGAAGUAUCCUUACAACAUUUCGUCGCUAACUUCAGAUAUAGCUACCAGAGCCACGUCUGCUGCUGGCUUGAAGAUUAUGAAAGAUACCGCUAAACUUAUUAUUAGCCAAAGAGAGUACUUGCUUGAACAGCUCCAAAAACUCCCCGGAAUUGGCAGGAACCUCGGUGGCUUGGACUCCAAUUUUCUUUUGCUAGAGGUUUUGGAUAAAUCUGGAGCUCCAUCGAACGAUGUUGCUAAAAAAUUGUACCAAAGAUUGGCCCAAACUCACCAGGUGGUGGUGCGGUUCAGAGGUACGGAAUUGAAUUGUACAGGUGCUCUUCGUGUUACCGUGGGUACUCCAGCUGAAAAUGAAACUUUACUUAAAAAAUUCAGCUCCUGUUUUGAAGAGAUCUACAAUCUAUAG